AUGCCCCACAUAAUCCUUCCCUCCCUCAGCUCUUGCAAAACGCUCACCAAGACCGAAGACAUGAGAAGUAUGAUCAGAGACAUAGAGGAUGCCUUGUCUGCCUAUCCACAGGAGUGUUCUGAGUUGAGCUUGGGAGUCCAGGAAUCUCUCUGUAUUCUUAUCACUCAGCUUUUAGAUGAGAAUUUCCGCGCCGCACACCUUCCGAUUCUGAACCUAAUCAUUAAUACUGUACAAUCUGGGCCUGUGACUCUUCAUCUGGAGAAAGUCUUGGCGAAGGCCUUCGUUGAGCCCAUUACCAUGCAGCAGAGAUACGCGGCUGAUGCCAAGACAACACUACUGGUUAACACACUUUUUCGUUUGGUCGACGCGGGAGUUAAGCAGAAGGCGUUCGGUGCGAUAGCGACAGGGUCUGCUCUAUGCUUCCUCUUGUCUAUUUACAAUGCCUCUUCUGUAAAAAACGUUCCCGUGUGCUUGCGCAUUGAAGCAGAACAACGCAUUGUGAGGCUCCUGCAGAUGGAGUUACCAGAAAAUAUUAAACAGAAAGUGCUAACGCCGUUGUUAGAUGAUUGCAUCCUUUGCCUUUUAUCCACGACAUCGUUAAUGAGAAUGCUACGAGAACCUGUAGAAAGUAUUGAUUCCAUUUUAUGGCUAACUGCAUUGACUUUAGAGCAAGCCAUCAAAUAUAACUUUGAUAUAGACUCUACAUUGGUAACUGCGCUCAAGGUACGAAUACAUAAUUUCACGUCAACUAAUUUCUCUGAGUAUAGUCGUCCAGAGUUUCAGAACGCAGAUGACGUAUUUGCACAACUUACUGAGAUGUCUUCUGAAGAACUAUCACCGAGCCAGUACUCGCCACAGUGUCUGUUUACAUUUUUGCUAUCUGCUAUUUUGAUGAAUCCGGACAACCCUCUAGCUCCUUCGUCUGUCACUCUUUUUUUACUGACAUAUAUUUACUCUUUCAACAUGCUUCUGAGCAUUGCAGUUUCUUUGCUCAAGUAUCACCAAUCGUCCCAAACUCUUUUGAUAGCACUGCUGACGUUACGUGAGGCAGAGUCUUCUGGAUACUACUCGACCAAUAGCAUACCAGAAAAAGCCUUUCUUCCCUUACUGCAAGCCAGAUGCCUUGUCACCCACACUUGUCUGGCUAUCACCUCGCACAUCUUUCCUGUGUACGAGGCAGAUCUUGAGCCUGGUCCACAUUUCAAUUUGGCGCCCUUACUCGAUGCUUUGACUACUGCACAAUAUAAUAUGUUAUUGACUAAUGAUAGUGUGUCAUUGAGCACUGCAAUAGAUACAGUAGAAACUGAGUUUGGCAUAUCCUUUGAGUCAUCAGAAAGCAUAGGCAGCACGGUGCAAAACUUCUCCCUCUUCAAAGCUCUUUAUUCUCUAUCGGCUAAGGAUUCUAAGAAUGUAGGAAAGCAGACAAACGUUCCAAUGCUAUAUAUUUGUGGUUUUUCACUUAUAUCUUGGAAUUGCACAAUCAAGAGACUCAUCACCAGUGAAGUAUUCAUUAAUGCCUUAACUCCAUCAACCGUUCUAGCCACAGCUCUAUCUCUCUAUCGCUUACUAUCCCAUGAUUAUUGUCUUCCAACCGUUGUUGAGGACUCUGCUAAUCGCUACCCUCACUCAAAGAUUCUAGACCUUUUACGUGCUUUUGUAGAAAGUGCGCUGCAUGCUUCUGAAAAGAAGGAAGAUCUUAAUUUAGAGGGACUGGUUAGAGCUAUUUCAGCACUACCCUGCCUUUUGUGUCUUUUAUCUCUCGAAGCAGGUCGGAAGGAUACCUGCAGAGUAUCAUUUGCAAGCGUCCAGGCAUUACUUCAUUGCAGUUGUGUGACUCAAGUGGCACAGCAGACCAAGGAACCUGACUGUUCCAUCCCUCUUCUCAUCGCUAAUUCAGAGUCUCACCUGGGCUUUAGCUUAUUCUCCCACGUCAUUUGCACCUCUACGUCUUACUCCACUACUGUCUCUAGGAUGCUCUCUCAUGUAGAUUUUCUCAUCGAUCUUCACCGUCUUCUUCUAUCCCACAUUGGUGGAUUGGUUGCGUCAUCCACUGGAGCACAAUGCGUCUCUGCCCUAUUGGCAUCACUUGCUGGAAUACUCCACUUCCGGCAUGUGGCUGACUCUGUGCAAACUCCGUUUCCUGCAGAGACCUUGUACAGUAUACUUUAUACUCACUCGGACGAUAGCAUUAGUGCAACAACUAUAGAAUUAUAUGAUCCACUCAACGAAACAAUAUUAUUGGGACAAGAAAUAUCAAGCAAAUUGAAUUCGAAUUCAUUGGAUUGCAAUUCUGUUUUAUUUUCAGUUAUUGAUGAACGAAAAAGAAAAAGUCUUCAGAGGAGCGCUUCGUCAGUUGAGGAAUUCACCUCCAUCUGCAUUCAGACUCAAGCACGCCUGCUCUUUCGCAUCUCCCACGAUUCAAAGUGGCCAGAGUGGCGACAAAGGUUGCUAGAGUCGGCUGCCAUGGCACGCGUAUGUGAGUCUUUCAAUGCUCAAUUUUAUGAUGGAUUGAUUGAGAUUAACGAAAAGGACCUAUCGUUGUUGUUUGGUUAUGGACUGCUUCUGGGGGCACUGACAUUACGGUCUCUUGAUGAGUUUGAUAUGUCUUCCGAGAUAAAGGAACAGCUGAUAGAUUCCUUAACUACUCAGUCUCUAUUUGGACGUGAUGAUCUGCUGCUUCUGUUCCCGUCCUCAUUCAGAAAGCUUCAUUCACUACUCGGAUUGUUGGCUUCCACAGAAACGUUUCUGUGCACGCUUUCACAGUUGUGUCUGGCGCUAACAGAUGACUAUAAGCCAUCAAUGACUAUUCUUCCCAAUGCCACCCCUGGCAGUGACUCUACGGCCGCUAAUGAAAGCAGGAUUCUGCUCCAAUUAACGUUAGUGUCACAGAUUAUAAUGUAUAUACCCAUCCUUUGUCAGGACAAGCUCCCAAGUCAGGCUGUGAUGAAGAUACACCAGAAUUGUGUAGGCCUCCUAGCCUCUAUAUUGAGCAAUUACCAUGCGCUCGAUCGAGUUUCUACUUUUGCAGACAAAUUCCUGCAUGCCUACUUCCUGAUACUGCACAGACUUUUUGAUUUCUUGGAUUCUAAACUGGUGGAUGCUAUAGAGUACUUGCAGGUAUAUGAAAGCGUUUUGACAUGUUCUGGAUCUCAAAGUGACGAUUGCUUUAAAGAACUCUGGUGCAUAGGGCUUCUUCGUGUCGUUCGUCUCUGCUCUACACCUAUUUCUGUUAUGCGCAUCAAGAUAGUCGAGCUUCUUUGCAAAAUAGUGGGGAGCUACUUGUCUGUCUGUACUCCAGUCGAUAUACUGGUCCUGACACGCGAUGUGCUCUUCAAAUCCAUAUCAAUCUUGAUCACUUGUUCUCCCAGUACAUCUCGCAAGGCUACCUCGUCCCCGGCUGCAACAAUCGUUUCUUGCCAUCACAUCUUCUUCACCUCCUGCAUGAGUGUAGUAUCUUCUGCAGCCUAUCCCUUGAAGAUACAAGUGAUUCGUGCAUUUAUUUCGCUGACGCAUUCACUCUCUGUGGCUACGGGCCUGUCCAUGGUGGAUGACUCUAUCAGACUUUUCUGUAUGGGCAUGAAGCCAGAUGACGUCCAGUUGAUGCACAGUGAUGAUGGUGUCACAAAAGCCACUAACUUAUCCUUUGAGGAGCUGUUCUCCAGAAUUAUGCAAUAUCCAUUGAUGGACUCAUUUUUCCCAGAGAUCUUUCAAAAGAGCCUGGAGCAUAGUCCUUGGCUUUCCUUGCUAUCAGAUUUAGGGGACGAAGACGCUAUGCUGUCUCUGACGGCUCUUCUUGAAGACAUUCUUUCAUUGCUAGUUAUCGAUGGAAAAGCAAGCUGUCAGUCGUCUGCAGUGCUGUUAGACCUUUGUUCCACAGUUUUCUCUCUUCUUCCACGUCUUACGGAAAGCAUUGAGAUUGCCACUCGAAUAAUAAUCAACGCCAUUACUUUGAUAAGUAUGAUCAUAUCUGUAGAAGAAGGGGCAGAGCAAUCUCGACCUGAGAUUGAAAAGGCGCUCAAUGAAAUUCCGGUGCGCUUAGCCAAGGAGCUGGUUUGCAAGUGCAACACUCAGCGGCAAGAUUCUUAUCUUAAAACAGAAGCAUGCUUGAGCACGCUCUUUUCAUAUGCGCUUUCCAAUGAGGCCGUGUUCACCUCCAUCUUUACUUGUCUGUACGAGCUUCUGAAACAGUCUUCGGACCAGGAAGGCCUUUGUAGGCUUCUAUCUGUGCAACUGUCUAACGCAUUUGUUUCUUCGUGCUCUGUGGGAACAUUUGGUCCCAAAACGUUGUCUUUGUGUCUUUCUAUUAUACUUACGCUUUAUAUAAGCCUUUUAUUGACCGAGGCAGGCAAUUUAGCAGAAUCACUAAGCAUAGCGGCUGUUUCAUGUGCUGUGCUCAGAUUAGAGGCAUAUCCACAGCUGCACCUCAUCCUCACACUUGCAAUCUACAACAAUUAUCCUAUGUUUAAAGAUGUUAUCGACGACGAUGUUUUGUAUUUGAUAAUCUCUCGCUUUCUACCCUACUCAAAUCGCUAUUCAGCGGACGCUUCCUCCAAUAAUAGGGCCCAAUCGACCUCUGUGGUCUCAUCUUUUGAAUUAUUUGCUUAUGGAAAUAUAGACUCUGAACUGAUCUCUAUCAUAAGCUCCUUUCCCCAAUCCAAGCGCGAAGAAGCUGCAUUGGCCCUGGAACAACUAUCUGUGUUUUACUCCUACAAUAAAUCUAAUCAGGAGUUCCUUGUUACUAUUGACUCUACAUCUCUACACCAGUUUCUCUUCAACACAGCAUUAUUUACGCUUUCACUUUAUAUGGAGUCUGUGUCAACGCUGAAGAAGUGCAUUUCUCUCAUCAAAAACGUUCUGGCGCACGUAGAAUACAACUAUCUUCACUUCCAUGCCAUCCCUCCAUCUGAAAAACUAUACAAGCACGUGAGCACCCUACUGCAGUACAUUAUUGAGCACACCUUUCCACUGAGCGUUGCUUCAUCCAUUUUGCCGCAUGGAUCCAUGCCUCUCUUGUACUAUACUAGCGAUCGUGACUCAGUCUUCGCUACCACUCUAAUGCGCCCUCAGCUUUUUGCCCUUCAGACAUCAUUCUUCCAUUUCUUUAAGGUUUGCAGGGACCUACCCCUGUCCAGACAAAUAGAGCUUAUCUAUCUCGAAAGCCUGAGUGCUGAAAUGAGAGUCAUGUGA